UGAAGCUGCAGCCAGGAAAUUGUGGUUGCCUAGCAAGUUUUUACAUCCACGGUGCAAAGUUUGAAGACGUGUUGCUCGGCUGCUGUCUGAGCUCCAAACUACAAACUCUAAGCAAGUAUUAUUAAAACACUAUUUCCCCCGUCGAGGUCCAGGUGGCAACACUGACGGUGCAAGAUGUCCGUCGCGGGAAUUAAGAAGCAGUUUUACAAAGCGAGUCAGAUGGUGAGUGAGAAGGUUGGAGGUGCAGAGGGAACCAAACUGGAUGAAGACUUCAGGGAUCUCGAGAGGAAAGCAGAUGUAACCAGCAAAGCAGUGGUUGAAGUUAUCAACAAAACAUCAGAGUACCUCCAGCCCAACCCAGCAACGAGAGCUAAGCUUUCCAUGCUCAACACAGUGUCCAAAAUCCGUGGGCAGGUCAAGAGUCCGGGCUACCCCCAGCCUGAAGGCCUCCUAGGGGAGUGCAUGACAAAAUAUGGACGGGAUAUGGGCGAGGACACCAACUUUGGUGGGGCUCUAAUAGAUAUCGGGGAUACAAUGAAGAGGAUGUCCGAGGUCAAGGACUCUCUGGAUAUUGAUGUGAAGCAGAACUUUAUUGACCCACUGCAGGCAGUCGCUGAGAGGGACAUCAAAGACAUUCAGCACCACCUGAAGAAGCUGGAGGGCCGCCGUCUCGACUAUGACUAUAAAAAGAAACGUCAAGGUAAAAUCCCAGAUGAGGAGAUCAGGCAGGCCCUGGAGAAAUUCCACGAGUCCAAAGAGAUGGCUGAGGCCUCCAUGCACAACCUGCUGGAAACAGAUGUGGAGCAGGUGAGUCAACUGAAUUCUUUGGUGGAGUCUCUGCUGCAGUACCACAGACAGGCCGCGCAGCUCUUGACGGGGCUCUCUGAAAAACUGAGCGAAAGGAUGAUGGAGGCCCAGUCUCGUCCAAGACGUGAAUACACACCCAAACCCAGACCAGUCUUUGACUAUGGAGAUGCAGAAAACUCCAAUGGAGGAUACUCACCGGCUGCAUCAAGCCCUCCAGCUUACUCACCUGCCCGAGUGCAAUAUCAAGGUCCAUCCUUCCAAAGAACCUCCAUCAAGAGCAGACCGCCUGAGCCGUGCUGCAAAGCCCUGUAUGACUUCGAGCCGGAGAACGAAGGAGAGCUGGGUUUCCACGAGGGUGAUAUCAUCGCUUUGGUCAGUCGAAUCGAUGAGAACUGGUUCGAGGGAUCCAUUCGUGGCAAAUCUGGAUACUUCCCCAACAACUAUGUUGAAGUGGUGGUGCCUCUGCCACACUGAAAACAGCAAGGCAAGAGGGGAGGCAGCAGGGUGGAGAGGAUGAAACGGGGGAAUGGUAGUAGAUUAGCAGCUCUCAAUAACCAAAAGAUUUAUUUUCUUGAUUGCAAUAAAAGGGUAAACAUCUCCA